AUGCUGCUGCCGUCUGCCUUGCCCGGCGACCCGUCUGGUCCGGGCGAUGUGGUGAUGCCCGUCACAGUGCAGGGAGCUCCCAAUGCUCUGGCAGCAGCCUCCCAAUGCAGUCUGCAGCUCGUCCCAAUCGCUCCACUUGCGCCGCUUCAGACGUCGACUGCAUCGCCCACCGCCGCCGCUCUAGCGGCGGAUGCCCUUGCUCGGCGCAGGUCGGACCCGGCCAUUAGUGGGCUUAUGGCCGGUGCUCGUCCCAAUUGCGGUCGUGGCCUGCAGGCCACCACCCCGGCUCCUCUUGCCACCGGCCAGCUGCCGUCGUCCCCGGUGUCGACGCCUACACCCUUGACGGGGCCAGGUCAGGUGGCCGCUCGCGUGCUGUCUGGUUGGGGGGACUGGCUAGGAUGCUUCGGAAGGAAGACGACGUCCGCUGAUCCCAUGUGUUGUGCGCCAACAGCUCGUGAGGAAACAUUGGGAGACUGGCACCUCGUUACCGGCCGCCGCCGUUCGCCAUCUUCAAAUGCCUUCCGUCGGCCCGGUUCCAAUGCCCGGAUGGCUCAUCCGGCGUGGCUCCGGGAUCGAUGCUUUCGGUGUCUCUCCAAAGGUCAUCACGCUCACUCUUGCAGGGACCCAAUUCGGUGCUCAGGAUGCCUUCGUUUCCGCCACAAAGUGUGUUUUUGUCAUGCUCAGCACCGAUCCGAUCUGACUACAAAGCCGCGUGAUGAUGCUGCAAAGCCUAACCCAGCGCCUGCAUCGGAGGUUGACGCAACACCGGCUGACGUGCAAUUGCAACCCGUCCUAGCGGAGGAGACCGAGCUGCUUCGCACUGAGCUGCGCGACUGCCUUGCGCGAGUUGAGAGUGUUUUGGGGAGAGCAGAGGCUGCUCUCGCCAAACUAGAGGUUGUGCCAGCUGUGUCCUCACUUCCUGAGCUUCAGAUCGGGUCUCCUGUUGGGGAGGAAGCAAGCCUCUAUGGACAUUUCUCCCCUCGUGCUACAUCAUGUUCGUCGAUGUCUGUACUGCUCACUGGCCCUGGGUGUGUAGUCAUCGAUGAGGUCAUGGCUCCAGUGCUGGAGAUUAUGCCUGAGUUGCAGGAGCGUUGUGGGGAGCCUACUUCACCUCUUUCAAUGGUGCUUCCGAAGGAGAUGGGGCAGGUGAUGUCUGUGGGUGGCGAGGUUGAUGAGGUAGGUGCAUUGGCACCUAUCUCUGGGGCGCAACUACAGGGUUUGCCUCAGCCAUGUGUGCAACUGAAGGCGCCUGAGUCCAUUGUGUCGGUGGUACCCGUGGCUGAGCAUGUUAAUGCAGUGGUGUCUGUGAGGGACAAGGUUGAUGAGAUUCUAUUUGAGAUACAAGUCAGCAGCUUGCUCGCAUGUUUGGAGGCGGUCAGCCCUGGAUCUGUCAAGAUGAUUGUGGAGAAGGCUCUCAGGAGCAAAACUAAGUAG